AUGACCAAGCAAAUAGAUGUGCACAGAUACAGAAUGAAGAAAAGGGAAAAGCAGCUGGCCAACAAUGGCAACUGCUUUGAUCUACGGGAACUUGCCACGCUACUUUUAUGGAAGCAGUGGAGGAGGAACGUGACUGCUGUUACUUUCCUCGACUUUCCCUUGCACUUGAUCGCCCUCCAAAAGAAAGUCGAAUUUCCUGGUCUAUUCGUCAGUUUCAAUUCCCCGGCACUCUCCUCGCCGCGGUCUCGAGCCAACAUGUCUUUGCGACGCCCUCCGACAAGGAUCGAAUUGAAAUCUGAAGAUAUUUCGGAAUACGAAGAGCUUAAAAACGAACGGCUUAUGGAGCAAGCUGAUACCAAGUCCAAUCUUGGGAACAUGCUUGCUCAAAAAUCAGCUCCACAAGUAUUGAAAAAGAAAGCUGCUGAGCGGAUUGGUAUGAACAAGCGACGGUAAUGUGGAGGGUGUGGGGUAUGUUAUGGCACGGCUGAAGUUGACAAGAUGAAAUUGAAUUUAGCACCCCCUAGAUCCUUAUAUAUCCGUUUCUUCCAUGGAGGCUUGAGAGCUAGCUUGAAGAGAAGCAUAAGCCACUGUCAGUACCCUUAUUUUCGUAGGAUCGACGCUUAUCAUUGUUUGGAACUUUAUCACACUAUCCUUCAGCAGCGCAUCAGAAAUUAAGAGAAAUUAUCCAGAGUUGCUUCC